AUGAGGAGAGAGAAGAGGUGGAGGAGGCGAAGAAGAGGAGAGGAGAAGGAGAAGGAGAAGGAGAAGGAGAAGGAGAAGGAGAAGGGAGAAGGGAGAGAGCAAGGAGGAAGAAUGCUCCCUGGUGCUCCGGACUCCGUACUCCGUUGUUCAAUGAUGUGCUUUCGCAAUUCCCGAUUCCCCCAUGAGAACGAUUUAGUCUCGAUGACGCGAUCAUUCGCCCCGAUCACUCGUCCGUCUACGCUUCUCUUUGCUAUGAUUGGUCCAUUUGUCUCUGUUUCAUCGCUCACCGACUUUACUUUACUUCGAUGUCGUGCUUUUGUGCGUUGUUUUGCGGGGAUCGAGAUCUGA